AUGAGGCAAAAGGGGGCAGAAGAGGACAAGAAGGAGACAGGAGACAAGGGGACACCGCCCGUGGAUACGGAGCGUCUCCUCCGAGUGGCAUUAUAUUUGGCAUUCCUAUCGAUUGAUGAAUCGCCAAUUCUUUGCGUUUACAAGAAGAUGGAUGAGAUAGUUGAGCAAGACGACCACCAAAAUGAUAAGGAAAAAUUUAUGGAUACAUUAUUAAGCUCUUUAGGGGCGGCAUUUUCUGAUUUAAAUUCUGUUGUAUCUGAACAAUUAAAUGAAGACUUUGCCCUAAGGAACCAUCUACCCUUGUACGCGUAA